AUGAUUGAUAAAUCUCGUGAUAUCUCUAGGAAGGAACAAAUGGCUAUUGUCUUACGUUAUGUUAACAAGAAUGGACUUGUCGUGGAGCAUUUUCUAGGUGUUGAACAUGUUACUAGUACCACAACUCUCUCACUCAAGGCGACACUAGAUAAUUUAUUUUCAAGGCAUGGGUUGAGUUUUUCUAGACUGCGAGGACAAGGUUAUGAUGGAGCUAGUAAUAUGCAAGAAGAAUUUAAUGGUUUGAAGACAUUGGUUUUGAAAGAGAAUAGAUGUGCUUAUUAUAUUCAUUGUUUUGCCCAUCAACUCCAGUUGGCUCUUAUGCCUUUGGCAAAGAACCAUGAUGAUGUUGAUGAUCUUUUUAAUAUCAUGGCGAUUGUGGUUAAUAUUGUCGGUACUUCGUCAAAGCAUUGCGAUCUUCUUAGAGAUAAGCAAGCUUGUAAAGUUAUUGAAACUCUUUCUAAUGGUGAACUAUCAAGUGGAAAAGGUCUCAAUCAAGAGACUAAUCUGCAACGUGCCAGUGAUACGCGUUGGGGCUCGCAUUAUGAUAUGCAGCUUCAAGAGUUGAAUAAUCGUUUCAAUGAGAUAAACACUGAAUUGCUUAUUUGUUUGGCAUGUUUAUGUCCAAAUGAAUCGUUUAUUGUUUUUGAUAAACAGAAAUUGAUACGCCUUGCCAAACUUUAUCCUGAUGAUUUUUCUGACUUAGAACUCAUGGCACUUGAUUCUCAACUUGAUGUUUACAUUUUGGAUAUGCACUCUAAUGUCAAAUUUAUGGGAUUAAAAGGGAUUGGAGAUCUGGCAAAAUGA